GGGAAAGCGAACCUGCCUAUCGCCGCCACCGCCGGCGUCGUAACCAUCGACGGUGCUGCGCGCGCGCGCGCGCCCACACAGCACCACGACGGCUUCCACCUUUAGUCGUUCAGCUGACUCCAGUCGUAUACGACUGUCGUUUAUCGCGUCUUUUUUACCUCCCUUCCCCUCUCAAAUUUGCGAUUCGUUUCGAAGGAUCCUUAUCGAAGUAAAAUUCAAACACAUAGAAUCGUUAUCGUGCGAAAUAUUGACAUAUUUUAAUUUCUACUUUUUCGUUGAACUUUUUCUUGUGUGAGAAGGAAGACGUCCAGAGAUGAGCCAAAGCUUCGGACUCUGAUUCGACGUUAAUCGGAACAGAAUGACGUUGGACGUUUUCUACGUCGACUACGACAUUUGACAAAGUGCUCAAUCCCUUUUUUCUUCGCCAAAGACAGACGGAGAGAGAGAGAGAGAGAGAGAGAGAGAGAGAGAGAGAGAGAGAGAGAGAGAGAGAGAGAGAGAGAGAGAGAGAGAGAGAGGGAGAGGGAGAGAGAGAGAGAGGGAUAGAGAGGGAGAGUGAAGGAGAGAGGAAGGGGAAGGAUGGUAGGAUGAUCAAAGUUGAUAAUCGUCGAGAGAAAACGUGCCUCAAUAUUUUUUUGCAGCCAUCUCGUGAGCGUGCUCGCCGAAUGAAAAAAGGAACAAACUCAGAGUUCGUUGUCGCAUCGAUUCUUUCGAGAAACCUUCUCACCGACACACCGUUCUCUUUAUUUUUCCUAAAAGUAAACAUUUUUUUCGUGUAUAACGCGUUUUGUUAGCCUUCGUUAACGGCGAUAGGUACAAUAUCGGGCACUCUCCGUACGUCAGUGCACGUUACCAGUGCGAUGGAACUCGUUCGACGGGAUCAUACAUGAGAUACGGUAGAGUUUCAUUUUCUCCUGGUCGAAAUUAGGUCAGUCCCUAGACGUAUCGACAACGCAACGAUUGUCCUUUUCUUCUCGUCGCGAACGAAAAGGGAAUAAGCGUUUUUGGUGAAAAAUUAUGCAGCUUGAUCUCGUUCGCAUCGAGGCUAAAAGUCGUAAAGUCGUUAAUUAAUUCGCUUCAAGGUGAUGUUUAUGUACUUGCUCGAGACGUUUACGUUUUUUCCCAACGACAGUCUGGAACGCGAGAACACGAGAACACGUUGACUAUUAAUAAACGAGGAUCCUAUCGAAAAGAAUCAAGGAUCCCUAUGAUUUAUGUUCUUGUCGUAAAGCACGGCAGUGCAAUUUACAUGAUAUUAAAAUGAUCUCCAUCUAUAGACGCACAUAUGUAUACAUGUAGAUGACAUAGUUUCUAACAGGUGGUGCGGUCGCGCGUAUAUAAGCUUCAAGGAAAUGUUGUCUAGCGCGAAUGUGUAAAUUCACGCGGACGUUUCCCUUUUCUUUUUUCUUUCUUAUCCACCCCAUUCUUUCUGUCUUUCUCUCUGUUGUUCUUUGUUCCUCUAGAUUCGUCCAACCUAAUGCGGCUAUCUUUUGCUCUCCUCUACGGCCGGUGUCUAGCCGGUGUGUCUUUUCAUGCCAAUAAUAAAAAGCCACGUGCUGCCGUUGGUCUUUCGCGGCGGAGCAAAUGUUACGUAAGACGACUCGACGGUAUCGUGGAAAAUGCGAAUGACGACAAAGCGUCCUUUCUACGGACGCGAACGUGCCAUCCGAAUAAUCGAGAUGACAAAAUUAGGCGAACUAAUCGUACCUAUCUCUUUUUUAUCGCAGUCCCAUCGACCUACAUGUCUAUGUCUGAACUUUUCAGAGCCUUAGCGAAAGCGGAACUCCUAUGGGAAAAGUUUCGAAAAGCGCUAGCGAUGAUUCCAAGGCGAUGAAUCGAAGGACGAGAUAUCAUGAGACACGAAAACGGUUGAAGGGCAGCGCGUGCACGCGAUAUAAUAAGAGGCAGGGCAGAUGAAAAGAUGAGAAAAUGAAGAAGAAAGAGAGGCGUUUCUAAUUGGAGAAUGAGCGGUUUUUUCAACUCACUCAAAAACCUCGCGUCGGCAGCCGCGUACGCAGGAAGCUCUGCUUCGAGAUAUCAAGAGCUGGAAGUCGAAGAUACGAAGAUGAGAUUUAGCUUGACUCCUCAGCCAGGGGAAAGUGGAUUUCAACAAUGGCUGGAUGCGAUGAAGAUGGUAGCACGUUUGCCAGGAGGCAUACCAGCGGAAUUUCGAAAAAGACUUUGGCUGACACUGGCGGAACGUCAUCUGGAUCAGCGUGGUGUAGAUUGGAAGCAGGCUGAAAAGGUUUGCUUCAACGAGUGGAGUAAUCCCGACGACGAGGAGCUCGGUAUACAAAUCGUUAAGGAUCUUCACAGAACGGGCUGCAGUUUGUUUUGCGGAGCAGCUGGACGUGACAAUCAAGCCGUGCUACGUCGAGUAUUGCUUGGCUUUGCGCGAUGGAACAAGUCGGUCGGUUAUUGUCAAGGAUUGAACGUAUUGGCGGCUCUUGUAUUACAAGUGAUGGAUCGCGCUGAAUCAUCGGCCGUGAAAGUGAUGAUUUAUCUAAUAGAGGGUGUCCUACCGGAAGGUUAUUUUGCCGACAAUCUUCGCGGCUUAUCCGUCGAUAUGGCCGUUUUUCGUGAUCUUCUUCGUUCAAGAAUGCCAAAAUUAUCGAAGCAUCUAGAGAUUUUGCAAAGCGACGCAAAGGAUAAGGCUACUGGUAGCAGCUACGAGCCACCUCUAACGAAUGUCUUCACCAUGCAAUGGUUCCUCACGCUCUUUUGUCAUUGCUUGCCGCAAGACGCGGUACUCCGCGUUUGGGAUUUAAUAUUUCUCGAGGGCGAUCAAGUGCUCCUAAGAACGGCCCUGGCCAUUUGGGAGAGUCUUUCCGACCGUAUUAUGACCGUUACGUCGGCGGACGAGUUUUACAGUAUCAUGGGCGUUCUCACGCGAGAAAUGUUGGAAUUUACGGAUACGAAUAAUCUUAUAAAGAACAUCGUCAGUUUGGGACCAUUGCACGGCGUGACAGGUCUUCGAGAAAAGCAUAGGUAUAAUAUUACACCGUGGGCACGGAAAUUAAGCGACGACGAGGACAGCGAUACCGAGGAAGACGAAAGAUUAGCCGUGGCCGCUGCCAUGUUCAGUAUGGCGCAGCGAUUGAAGAAAGGUGAACUUUUGAGUGAGCACAUUUCCUCGACGGUGGGAGCGAUACAAGCGAUGGCUCCUGGCAACGAUCGGGAACGUCUCGCUUUGGACAUCAGUACGUUGAAACAACAGUAUGCUAAGCUUCGAGAACGACAACGGCAAGCUCAUAUUAUACUAUCCGCGGCGUGCGCGAGACAGUCGAUGGUUCCACCGCCCACUUCUCAGGCCAUGAAUCACCUGUUAGUCGGUAAGAAUGCCCUGGUCAGUGGAAAGAAUCGAUCCCUCGGUUUGUCAGCUGCUACGACCCCUUCCAAGACGAGACCGGUCGUUCUUCAAGGUCCACGGGUUACGAGUAAAAAGGAGAGGCAACAGCAAGUCGUCACUUUGCAUUGGAAGGACACGAAGAGGCAGCAGAAACACAAGUUUGGAGAGACAGCUGCCGAGGCUACGAAAUGCAACGAGAAGUUGCCGGCCGAAUCGAAGCCGAAGCCGGAGACGGCGGACGAGGUAACGUCACCGAGAAGCGGGCUCAACGACAGUGACAGCGACAGCACGUCGACCGAGCUCUGCGACGAGGUCGAUCGAUGCAGCGACGUCGACAGCGAGGAGCUAACGUCAGCGUCUGACAAUUAUUACGUCAUGGCGAGCGAAGAGGAGAAAAGCGGGAGGGUCGAGGGUUCUUCGACCUCGGCCAAUUCGCCCGUUCGUGACGCGACGGCUCCUUCCCGUGGCGUCAUAGCGGGAGAUAGUCCCGAUUUAGGUGAUACCUCCUCGUCGAUAGCCAAAAUCACCGAUCAAAUAAGAAGAUUAUCGGCCGAGGAUGACAAUAAUACGAUGGUUCCUCAAGCGCUUUUAAAGGGCGAUAUCAAGAAAGAAGACGAUUGCGUUAAGAGAGGAGCGUCGCUCGAGGCUUCGCUAGAAACGAUGAUACCUUCGAAGUGUUCAAACGGAAUCGACGAGAAGAGGGAAUCUUUAGGUUCCUUUUUAAACGACGAUCGGGAUUAUUUUCAAUUUAAUUACGGCGAAUCAAAGGCUAGCUAUAUUCCGACGAAUAAGGACGAGGAAUCCGUUGGAGGGAACGGCGACGGCGACGGCGACGGCGACGACGAAGUUGGAGGGACGACGAACUCGGAUCUCGGAUCUCGAACGAAAGUUCACGAUUACGAUGGCAGAUACGCUGCCGCUCCGUCCGACGAUUUCAUUUCCAAGGAUAUAUCUUACGACAAGAUGGAGGACAAGAUGGAGGACAAGAGGGAGAAACGUUUCGAAUUGACCUUGAAUUCUUACAAGACCAAGGAAGGAUCCUUGGACAGUUAUAAAAGCACAGAUCUUAAAUCGUCGAAUACAAUCGAGACAGAAGAUCUAAAGAUUUCGCGGGAUUCUUACAGAUCUAUACGUAGUCCCUCGGUAGAGACGGAUUUUAAAGUUUCCUUGCUUUCUUAUAAAUCGUUGAAAUCGUCGAUCGACACGAAAGAUAAAGCUUUGGAUACGUGCGAGUCGUUAAAAUCACCAAAUAGAAUGGAUCAACGGGCCGACGCGUCUCUUCGUUCUUACGAAACAUUAAAUUCACCCGAGACGAGUAAAAGACGAUUUGGCAUAUCUUUGGAUUCUUAUAAAUCUUUAAGAUCGUCGGAUGCGACGAACGAGAAACUUUACGAGACAACCUCUUUGGACUCUUACGGAUCUUUUAAAUCGUCGAACUUGAACGAGAAACGCCUCGAAACAUCUUUGGAUUCCUUUAAAAUAACCGUUCAUAAUUCGGAGACGAACGACAAAACGUUUCAGGAAUCGUCGAGUAUUUACAAUUCUCAAUUGAAAUCGCCGAACGCGAAGAACGACGUAAGUUUCGAAAGCUCGGCGAGGACUUAUGCGAACGUUCUCGGCCAGAUUCCCAGGAGAGAUAUUUCGUUGGACGUUACGUCAACGGGUUCGUCGAUACUGUCUGGACAAAGUUUUUACGCGUCGAAGACUUACGUCGUCGGCCAUCUUCCGAUAAACUCGCCGAUAAACGUGGAUCAAAAAGGAAAUACCACGAGCCGUAGUGUUCUCCCUUACAGCACGGGCUUAAUUGACGAGCCCGUAGACAUCGCGACGAUUCGAAAUUCGGAUAGGCCAGGAGACGAAAAGCUUUGGUGCUUGGAAGGCAAUGUGCCUUCCACGGAGACAACGAGGAAGAAGAGUCCUAGAACGCCGGAUAGCUUAGAAAAGUCGUUUAGCUCGGGCGAGACGAUGGGUCCGGAUUCUAAGGCCUCGAGUAUGACCGUCAGUCCAAGGACGCCGAUUAAAUCGAUCUCCCGAGAGUUCUCCACGGACAAGUCAAACUGUUCCUCGAUAAGCUCGGACUCGAAGACCCUCGUACUUUUGUCAACGACCGAGUCCGACCUGGCCAGAGGGAGUCCAAGAUUGGAAGGGAAGAGAUCGUCCUACGAAAGGUCGACGAGCCCGUCGACGCCGUUCAGCACUGACUCGCUCAAGUACAAAUCAGAUUCGAGCCCGAAAUUAAUCGUAAGCAGCUCCAGCGACUGCAGCUGCAGUCCGAGCAAAAUGAAGUCUUCCGAGAGGUCCUUCAGUUCGGACCUUCGAUCGCCUAUAAGUGCCAAUUCUAUAAAAUACACGUCUACGAGCUACGGGAAACGAGGUCAAGAUAAUAUUUCGGACUCGUCCAUCGAUCCGAGCACGGCCGUCUCGCCGUUUUAUCCGAUCGCACAUCCCAAUCGGAAGACUCCGUCGCCUUACGGGCUUUCCAACAAACGUAGAUCCAGCCGCGAAGGGGUUAGCGCGACCGAUGGGAUCUCGCCGGAACAAAGAUUCCCCGUUUCAAAGGAUUCGAGCAAGUGUUCGAACGGCGCCAAUGGUACCAACUCGGACUCCGGUACCUCGAGGAUAUUCGAAAGCAAAGAGGAAAAUGACAUUUCGAGGAAGAAUUCGUGCUUGAACGCGUUCGAACGCGAGAAAAGCGAUCGUAGAGUUUACGAAUUCGGAGCAAGCUCGAUUCUUUAUAGAGAGGAAAACGAGGAAGGGUCCACGGAGGAUAACGGCGACGAUCGCUCGUCCGAGAAAGACACGGUAUCUCAGUUGCCUCGAGAACAAUUGAACAAGCAUUUCAUGAAUCUUCAUUUCAGGCACAAGGACCGCUCGAAAUUAUUGGAAAGAAGUUCCAGCAGUCUGGAUCGAAGAUUCGCGGAUUUGAAAUCUUCGGUGUCUACGGACGAGCUCUCGGUCUCGAUCGUAAAGAAAAGAUCGAGUGACAUAUUGGAAGACAUGAAGCAUCUCGAGGCUAAGGCCUUCAGCGACGGACCUUCCGAGAGCAUAGGCAUACUCCUCGGCAAGAAGAACAGUUACAUAUGGGAGGAUUUUAAGAAUCUCGAGGCCAGACGACAGGACAAUUUCAGCAAUUCGGCAAGCGACUUUUCGAGACAUCGUCUCGACAUUGGCGAACCGUACAACGGCCUAGACAACGCUAGAAAGUCGUGCUACGUCGUGCGCCCAAAGAUAAAUAUAGACGAGAGCAUCGACAGUAUCCUAAAGACGGUCUCGCGUAACAAGAUUAACGGGAACGACGAUGGUGGCCACGUGGAUGGCCGGGACGACGAGGAGGACGAGGAGAACGACGGUAGAGAAUCGAAAUUGGGCGUUUGGACGAAGGUGAAGCCGAGAAAGAGGGGCGGUAACAACGGCCGGAGGAGUAGCGACAGGGCCUUGAAAAUAAUCCAAGAAAAUUCGGCGAUCCUACAAAAGAUCCUGGCGUGUCAGGCGAAAAAACGUCUACCCGAUCUCGAGGAAAUAACGAAGGAGAUUACGAUCAGCCCUAUAAACGAGGAAAUCUCAAAGAUAUUCAGUCCAAUAUUGGAGAAGAUGGGAUUGAACGAGGACGAGAUAAGCGAGGAAUUGGCGCGAAUUAAUUUCAAAGAUUUCGACGAUAUGACGGGUACGAGCAUUUCCGAAUUCGAUGCGAAGAUCAACGACGAACUAUCGAAGUUAUCCUUGAUAGACGAGACCGAGCGCUUGGACGAUCUCGACGUUGACGAGAUCGUGUCCAAGGAAUAUUUCGAUACGCGGGAGGCCCUGAUAGAUCGGAAGAUUAACGAGGAACUGUCGAAACUAUUGGCGAAUUACGAGGAGGAACCGCGACUGAGCGUGGCGACGUUGGAAAAGGGCUCAUCCAGUCAGAACGUAAGCGACACCGAGGGCCUCGACUUGACCAGCAUCUCGACGAACGUAUUUUCCUACAAAUCCUCGAAUGAUUCUAUCGAGACGAGGAGCGAGCAAGGCUCCUCUAGCCAGGAAAUUCAAUCGAUUCAGCCGGAAAGAUAUCCUCAAUAUGCCGCCGGUCAGCCGUCUUACUCAUCGUCGAGUUACGUAAGAGAUUUGUCGCCUAAAAGUGACAUAGACAUUUACAGGGAGCUCGAAAAAUUGGACAAGAUAUCCUCGGCACAGGUGAUACCCGACACCCCGUUGGACGUUCCAACGAAAAUCUUGUCACCGGUUGCGGUUGCUUACGUCGCUGAUGUUUCUCCUUACACCUCGGACGUAACGAUACGAUAUUCCCCGAAAACUAUGCCAACGUUCAGGGAUGCUUCCCCGUUGAAUCAGGGAUCCUCUUACGAUUCAUACAAGAGCUUCGAUUUUAAAAGCAAUCUGUCCCCAAGGAGGAUACCCAGUAAUCCGUACACACCGCGUCCCUACGACAAUGCGCUUGAUUCGAAUUUCGAGUACUUUGAUCGUGAGCCUACCGUCUCGACGAAUUCCCUCUACGCCGACGUACACCCGAAGAGUCCUAUUUUAACGAAGGAAUCCUUGGAAUUUCGAGUGAGAUACGACGACAACGAGUCACCGACGUUAAAUAUCACCGACGUUCUACCGACCGAGCCCAAACAAAUGGCUAUGGAGAAAAGUGUUUUGUAUUUCGGCGAUCAAACUAACGACCCCAACAAGUCCACCACCGGCAACGAAUCGAGAGCCGUUCCUGCCAGUUCCUUUAUCGAUUAUUCCAACGAAACUAGCAACGUCUUACGUCGCAGCUACGAGCCGGCAUCCUCGCCUAUGGGAAAUUAUAUUCGCGACAAGAAUACCAAUUACGACAGAGUGAUACCUGGCAUGGUAGAAAGCGAAUCGAACGUUGGAACCUAUUUGCGAGAUUAUCAUCCUGCUCUUUCUCCAAAUCGGCGAUUCGAUCAACCCUUCCCACCGGCCAUUGACUAUCUCGCUUCGAAGCUAUCACCCGGCAUCGCCGACGAAACCAAACGACCUGUCUCUCAUCCUGACUUUCCGGAGAAGAUGACGAUCGGCGGCCAAUACACCGAGUCGCUACCUAUCAGAGGCUCCAGUUGUUACAAAAAAUCCUCUUUGAGUUUGGCCAAUAUAGGACGAUCGAGCAAAAGCGGGGAUGAUAGCCUGAACGUCAGCCCAAGUCCGAAGGCUCAAUUCAAUCCGUUCCCGGUGAAGAAUACGUCGAAGAAGCCGAAAGAGUUGGCUCUUAAAUUAGGUCUCUACUCGCCAAAAAAUUCGCCGAGCGGGCCCUCGAGAAGAUCGUAGUGGAUAGCAUUGCUUGUCUCUCUCUCCGAGAAGAUAUGUACGUUUUAUAUAUAUUUUAUAUGUAUAUAUAUAUAUAUAUAUAUAUAUAUAUAUAUAUAUAUAUAUAUAUAUACAUAUAAAAUAUAUUUUAUUUUUCCUUCGAUGAUCCACGAAGGUUCAGUUACGACGAGAAAGCCUACAUGCGAUGGGAAAAGAAAAGAACACAAAACGAUCUUGCAUCAUUGAUGUCCAAGCGCGACGUUUUGAUACACAUCUUUGACGCAUACACUCGCAUAACUUCCUUUUUUAAAUCGACAGGCAAGCCUAAAUCUCUCCUAUUUCUCGUUUGUUUUUGCCUGAUGAUAUAAUUGUAAGUUUGAAAUAUCGACUAGUAUUAAUUGUUAAGUUAAGCGAAGAAACAGGGAAUAGCUCUGCGCCAAGUUUCUCUCGCUCCAAGUUUCAAAUAAAUUGAAUCAAUUGGAAUAAUGAAAUGUGGCGAAAAGGCCACUUGAAAGAUUAGCUUUCCGUAAGUGGUACGAUAACGAGCAGUUGACGUUUGAUCUUGUACCUGUAAUUCCAAGUUACUAUCAUUCGCAUUACGACGUUUAGCCCGUUGUUUCAUUAACGAAUUCGUUUCGACCUCUACCACUUGCGAAAGUUUUUCAAGAGAAGGAGUUAAGAACGACAAGCGCUAUGAAACACUGAAAUUUUCCAAUAAAUGCCUUUGGCUCCCUCCAAUUUUGCUGAUUAUGCGCAUAUAUGUAUAUAUGUGUAUACAUACACAUAUACAUGCAUACAUAUAUACAUAUAUAUUAAAUUAUAUUAUAUGAAAUUAUAUUAUAUAUAACAUUUCACGUACCGUAUCGUUGAGACGUAGCAAAGAUUUUAGAGAAGCACCGAGCUUCAUUCCUCUUUCGCUUUCUUACACUGAUACUCGUUAUCACGAGCCAAGCCUGAACAUUUUGUGAUAAGAAUCAUAAGCAAGUGAAGAUCUCGAGGCGAUCGAGAAUUCCUCGCGCAGUUAGAAACACAAUUUGAAGAUAAGAACGUUUCAAGAGAUGACGUUUUACGAUAUUAUUUCGCGUGCUUGAUUCGUUAAAUGUACAGCCGCGCAGAUACAAUAAUUAACGUUGAACGUGAGUAAACCGCGAGCAGCAUAUUUACAUUUGCAAAAGCUACGCGUCUCAUAACCGAUUAACAUAAUAGGCAGUAGAAGGAAGAUUGUACAUACGUACGAAAGGAUUGUGUAUAUUUAGUCGAAGAAUCGCAGACACACACAAACACAAUAUUAAAGCCUCCACGAAAUCGUUUUAUAUAAAAUAAAGGUAGUAUUUUUAGAUGUUUCUAAUAAAGAGGAUCUUCAUAUUAAAAGAAUAAGAGAAAAAGAUACGCAAGCUUAGCGCAGGAUACACGCCUAGCUCUUUUUCCUAAUGCAAUUUAUCGACUUUAUAGAAAUCAUUACAUUACCUUCAUCUUCCAGGAAGAUGUUGCAAUUUAAUUACGCGAAAAGCCUCGAUUAAAUUAGCGUUAUCGAACAUUUUUGCGAUGCGAUACUUUUUUGUUUCUUUCUUGCCCCUUUUUUUUUCUUCCCCCCCCCCACCCCACCCCCCCCUUUUUUUUUUACUGGUCUGUCGCCGUUUAAUUUCCCAAUAUUAAGUAGAUUCUCAUUGAUCGCCGUAAUAAAAGAUAAUUGUUCCAUUCAUCUGUGAUAGAGAAUAGAGAGAUGACGUAUUUACCGAACGUAGGGAAUUCCGUAUUAAGUAUCGCCAAACAUGUUAAUCGCUUUUUAAUCGAAAGAAAAAAAAAAGAAAAAAAAAAGAAAAAAAAAGAGAGAGAAAACGAACAUCGUACAUUAUUAUCCAGAAUCUUUAUAGCUUGAGAAAAAAGAAAAAAGAAAAAAGAAAAUAAAUAAAUAAAAAGAGAGAAAAAGUAUCCUACAAUUUUACGUCUACAACGCGGAACAAUAUUUCCUUUCGAAUUCUUUACACCUUUCUUUUAUACUUUUGCACGAAUUUUUCGAAAGCGAUUUUUCUACCGACCUCGGAAUCUCGAUUAUGUUAUUUACAAUAUAAUCCUUGAAAAAGAGCGACGCCAUAAAGAAAGCACAAUGUUUCGAAUGAACGAUCGUAAGGGCGAUUAUUAGGAAAUGCUUUAAAGUUCGAACGGGAACUUUACUUCUACUAUUAUCUAUUAUUAAUUGUCAUUGUACAAUGCCCAUCUGUUCUUGUUAGUUAUCCCACUUGUUGAAGACGUAAUUAAAGAAUUAAUAGCACGUCGGUGUACGCUUGCACGAUAAAGAAAAAAAUUUAUUACGUUUUAGCGAGAUUUUACCGAGCUAAUUAGAAUAAACAUAUGCAUUCGGUAGCCGGAUUAAAGUGAUAAAAAUUAGUUGCCGAGCCGUCUCCCGACAAACUUGUGCUCGAAAUUUCCUCGUGCCGAAGUAUACAGAUAUUAUAGUAUAUUUAUGCGUUCGAGGUAGAGAUAAACGGUCCAAACAGCGACGGCUGUUGUCCGUAUGUUGCGUGCUUACAAAUAAAUACGAUAGAAGAGAGAAGAGAAUAAUAUAAUAAAUGAAUUAAUUAAUGUCCCUUUGAUAAUAUUAGACGUUCCAUAUGACACGCGAUUCGCUGAAAACAAAGUACCUUUGCAAGUUUGCCACUAAAAAGUAUUAGGUCAGAUUUGUAUGUAUGUAGUAUAUCGGUGCGUCUUGGUUGUAUGUACACGUAUUAAGAGCGUGAGAUUAAAAAAAGAGAAUAAGACCUACUACAUAUGUUUUGAAAAUCUAGUAUUACGUAUUAGCUUUAAACCUUUGUCCGUGCUAAUUGUGGUUGGAUUUAAUGAACUGGAAACAAUGUUCCGAAGCCUGUGAGGAAGAGAAAGUAAAAUUAUACACAUAAGGAGGUAUUAGCACUACGGAAUAGGAAGUUUAACUAGAUAAUAAAGUAACUAAUUAGUACGUAAAACUUGUCAUAUGUAACGAGAUAUCAGUAUCGGCGGUGUUACUAAUUUUUCUGCUUUCUCUGAGUCGACGAGAGGAUUUAAUAUAUAUUCGAUCGUUGGAUGGUUGACUUUGUCGCGAAGAAAAUAUUAUACAUCGUCCUCUUUUCCGAUCCUCUUUCUCUCUCUCUCUCUCUCUCUCUCUCUCUCUCUCUCUCCUUCUCUUUCCUGUUCCUCUUGAAAUAUUAAUGGUUGACAAUAUAAAUUUGGAUCGUUUGGUAAAGUUACCAAAUAAAAAUUGUAAAGUAAGUAGCGUUUUUGUACGAGACACAAUUAGAGCGCGAGAAGCGAUAGAGUAUUAAAGAGAGAAAUACAAAGGAGAGGGAAAGAAAAGAUAGAACGGUUCGAGGUUGUAAAAGUUAAACGGAACGCUUCAUAGAAAUUCGAUAAUAACACUCUCCGAAGAGACCUACGAGAUUUUAGUUUGGAGAAUCGUUACUAGCCAGACGGAUCACAGAUUUUACUAUGCGUCGUCGCUCUUCGAUCGAAGAAAAACGAUCGAGGUAUAUAUGUGGUACUUACAUAGUCGUCGGUGAGAGUGGUGCCAUGUUACAAGACUGUAUAAAUUCCAAAUGCAUAGAAUUAUGAGAGACGAGGGAAGAAAAGUAAAUAAAUAUAUUGACACAGAGAA